GGGCACAGGGCCAUAGUGAGGGAGGUACAGUGUCUGUCCGAGAUUGGAGUGUCCCAGACCUGUCUACCGGCAGCCGGCUGAAUUUCCACCAUAGAAAUCGUUUGUAUGUCUAUACUAGUGCACGCUUGCUUGCUAUUUAACACACCUUUACCAGUAUGCUUUUGCAAUAUCUAACAAGGAACACUAACGCAGCUGGUGUUAUUGUCAGAAAACUUUUAACACAGCAGAUCUGUGGGCGAAGUGUUGCCAACUGUCGCAUGAUGAGCGCCUCUGCCGAGAGCAAUGUUAUCAAAGAAAACGGAUGGGAAGAGGGGACACUCCUCCAAAAAGUAAUGGAGUUGGUGAAGCAAGAAAAUUUGGCGUCCGGGAUGGAAAGCUCGAAGAAAGUGAUAGAAUUCCAACAUCCAAAAGAUCUUGAGAAAAUUCUACAGCUGGGCCUCACUCGCGAGGGUCUCUCGUUCGCCCAGAUUGAAGAACUGCUGAAAAAGGUCGUGAAAUACAGCGUCAAAACACAACACCCGCAUUUCUACAACCAGCAGUACGGCGGCAUUGACGAAGUGGCACUAACGGGGGCUUGGCUCACGGACGCUCUCAACACCAACCAACACACGUACGAGGUCGCUCCGGUGUUCAUCCUGAUGGAACGUUUCAUCGUCCAGCACAUGAUUUCUCUCUUUGGCUGGCCAGAGGGUGACGGUAUAUUUUCCGGAGGUGGAAGCAUGAGUAACAUGUAUGGAAUGCUGCUGGCCAGAUACCGUCUUUACCCUGAUGUCAAACGGACCGGGGUGUUCGGCAAGAAGCCUCUCGUACUCUUUACUUCAGACCAGAGCCAUUACUCAUUCUCCAAAGGGGCUGCGGUGAUGGGUAUCGGCAUGGACAAUGUGAUUUCUGUGGCCACUGACUCCUGUGGCCGGAUGCUACCUCAGGCUCUCCGAGAGGAGGUGGCCAAAGCAAGAGCCAGAGGAGGAGAACCUUUCUUUGUCAAUGCAUCUGCUGGAACCACUGUCCUUGGCUCCUUUGAUCCCUAUGAGGAUAUUGCUGAUGUGUGCCAAGAAGAGGGUCUAUGGAUGCAUAUUGAUGCCUGCUGGGGAGGAAGUGUCAUUCUCUCAAAGACUCACCGUCACAAUCUGAAUGGCAUAGAGAGGGCAGAUUCUGUUUCGUGGAAUCCACACAAGAUGGUUGGGACAACAUUGCAGUGCUCACCAUUUUUUGUGAGGCAUAAAGGACUGCUCCAUGAAUGCAACUCUGCAAGUGCCACAUACCUGUUCCAACAAGACAAGUUUUAUGAUGUGAGUUAUGACACUGGAGACAAGAGCAUCCAGUGUGGGCGGAAAGUUGAUGCUUUUAAGCUGUACUUCCUGCUUAGCACAAAAGGACUGGAUUUAGUAGAGAAGAAGAUUGAUGCUGCUUUCAGUGCUUCUGAUUACUUGAAUGAGCAACUAGGAGUGCGUCCAGGAUUCAGACGUGUCAUAGAGAAACCCCAGUGUACCAAUACCUGUUUCUGGUACAUUCCUCCAAGUCUCCGAGACCAGCCUGAGACCCCAGAGUGGUGGGAAAAGCUAUCCAAGGUUCCUCCAAUAAUUAAGGCACGGAUGGUCCAAGAAGGUACCAUGAUGAUUGGAUACCAACCUCUCGCGUGUAAGAACUUGGUCAACUUUUUCCGUCUAGUAAACACUUCUACGCCAAUGACCACCAAUGCUGAUAUGGACUUUGUACUAGAUGAGAUUGAAAGAUUAGGUAAAGACCUGUAGAAUGUCUGCUUAAAAGUUUGCAAGGAUUGAUAACACAAGUGUGAGGAAUAAAUUGCAUGUUUUUUUUUUUUUUUUAAGGUUCAUUGUUUGACCUCAUAUUGAGACAUAAAAAAUUUACAGACUGGAAAAAAAAGGGAUUGCCUGAAAGUAAAUACCUGCACUUGUUAAAAAUCUGUACUAUGAAAAUACUUUUAUUAAUAUUUUGUGUUGGUGAUAUUGAUAUUAAAGUAAUAAAAUAUAAACCUUUGUACAGUAAAGUAAU